GUUCGUGUAGCAGCGCGUGCCUCUUCUCGACGGCCAUUGAACUCACACGCGCUUUCACUAUAUGACCAUCACCUUCACUUCAUGGAUACGAAUCUCAUCUAUCAAUCAUCCCGUUGUUCCUUCCAUCGCUUUUACAAAUCAACUGCGUGUAGUUUGGUGCGGCAGUUGUACCUGUCUGCAUUCUGAUUUGUUCAGCUCGCCUGUGUCCCCCUUUUCCAUCGUUCGCUUUCAUCCCCAGCCAAAUCCAUCCCGUCGCUUCUCGACCACUACGACCGCAAUGUCUAUGGAGCUUCCACCUCUCCCAGUCCCCGUUUCUGACUUCCUUAGUUAUGUCGACAAGAAACCCGAAACCCAGGCCGGUGUUGCUGAAGCCGUGGAACCCUUCAAGGCUUACGAAAGUAAAUUGAGAGAGAUAUACGCCCAGCAACCUGAUCACCCAGCUGCCCUUGCAAACCACCUGGUACCUGUCUUCAAAGACGCUCCUAUCUCUGUCCGAGCAAGGGAUCUCACACAGGAGUCUGAUGCCGAGAAAGACAAAUACCUUUUAGCACUUCCACGGGAGGCUCGCCGGACAGACGGUUCCCCUGCCACCACUCAAACCCUGAAAGAUUUCAGGACCAACUUCAAUCUUUUCUCCGAGUCUUCGUUGGUGGACCUAGACUGGAGUAAUGUGGUUUGUGCGGGGAGUGCUGUUGUCACCUCUCUGCUGCCCGUCGGCGCUCCCCACAAUGAAUCCAAGCGGGCGCUCAGAGCUUAUUACCAUGAGAAGCUCGCCCCUGCUUCCGAUGUCGAUCUAUUCCUCUACGGUCUGAAUGAGAAACAAGCUAUCGAGAAGAUCAGACAAAUUGAGACCAAAAUUCGGGACAGCAUUCUGGCCGAGACGACAACCAUUCGCACGAAGAAUGCCAUUACCAUCGUCUCGGAAUACCCCACCCGCCAUGUCCAAAUUGUGCUCCGCCUGUAUAAGAGCAUUUCUGAGAUCCUUACUGGCUUCGACGUGGACUGCUCAUGCGUUGCCUACGACGGCCGGCAAGUGUGGGCUUCUCCCAGAGCUCUAGCGGCCUUCAUGACUCAAGUGAACACGAUCGAUCUCACCAGAAGAUCUCCGUCUUACGAGAAUCGGCUGUCCAAAUACUCUCAUCGCGGCUUCGAGGUGGGUUUUCCCACCAUCGACCGCAGUCGAAUUGACCCUACUAUCUUCGAGAGAUCUUUCUCGAGAGUACAGGGUUUGGCGAGACUGCUAGUUCUUGAAAAGUUGCCCCAUCCCAAUGACAGAGACACAUAUCUGGCAAAGCGUCGAGCAGAACGGGGCCGGCCAGCAUUGCCAUGGAAUGCCCGAAUUCGCCAUGAACUCCCAGGAAAUGUCAAAGAUGCUCAGCCAGAUGAUGUGGCAGAAUGGGUGGAAGAGGACGAAGUUUCAAACUACCACACUGUCACCAUUCCAUAUGGCCCCAAAUACAACGCCAAAAGGGUCGAGAAGCUUCUAUUCACCAAGGACUUGCUCCUCAAUGCUGAAUGGAACAAACCCAAAGACAGAGAGACCCAGUUGCAUCGACAUCCGGCCUUCUUUGGAUCCGUCAACGAUGUCCUUCAUGACUGCUGCGGAUAUUGCCCUGAGCCAACGACCGACGCAGACUUUGCUGCGCUUGAGGAAGAAGGCAAGAUCUACAUAUCUGGAGAUGUCACGUUCCUCAAAGAUGAUCCAGGCAGGCAGGCCAUCGGCAGCUUUAAUCCCAUCACCGACAACGACUGGACGGAAAUGGCGUAUGUCGGCAAUACUACGAGGUUGUGUCAAGCAAUAGUCGACCUUGACCUGGAUGCUGUCAGAGACUGGUUCUCUGCAUCAGAAGUCGUUGACGUCAAUCGUCGAGAUCCCGCCGGUCGCACACCUCUACAUCUUGCGGUUAUGUGUUCCACUCCCGAAAUUGUCCAGUGUCUGAUUGAACAUGGUGCUCGCCUCGUCUCGAGGCUAUAUAAUGGUAUGACCGCUCUACACCUUGCUGCUCACCGUGGCGAAGUGCAGAUGGUGAAGGAUAUUCUUGACAAGAGCAACGCAAAUGAGGAACAAGAAGCGCUCAAAGAAGACGCGCGAAAAGAAGCGCGAAGGAAUGCUGCCAAAGAUUCGCAAGAAGUUGACAACGAUAAGCACGAUCUUGGCGAGAGUGAUUCCGCUGACUCUGAAGACUUCGAGGACGAGGACGAGGACGAAGAUGAAGACGAAGAAGAUGCCAUGACCGAAGGGUCUUUUGUGAAAGUGGACCGCGUCUCCGAAACUCAAGACCCCGAAGACAAAGAAGGGCCCGAUGUCUAUGAUGUCGAUGUUCUCGCUUGGGAUAGUCCACUCUCGCCCCUUCAUCUGGCCAUCCUUGGCGGACACAUGGAUGUGGUGAAGGUCCUCGUGGACAAUUACGACGCCGACGUCCUGCUUCCUGUCAAGAUUGUGGACGAAUACAACCGAAAACACGCAAAGGCUGCAAUUCUGACGAUUUGUCUGGCGUUGGAGCUCCCACUACAGCAAGCCAAUGAAACUGUCAAAGGCCUUCUUGCCCUCAGGGCGUCAUGCACGCAAGCCGAUAUGAAUCACAUCUCUGCACUCCACUAUGCGGUCAACAGUGCAAAGACAUUGAUAGUUCAGACAAUGCACUCUGCUGAGCCAUCCAACUUUGCUAACGCUAUCAAUUUCAUCGCCAUCUCCGGCUUCUGGACUCAACCAACCGUCGAUACACCUUUGCUGACGGCUAUCCGCACCGGUAAACCAGAACUUGUCGAGGAUCUGGUCCGUAUGGGAGCCAAACCCCACAUCGACUUCGAAACCUUUGCCCAAGCAUACAAACGCAGCUUCGACAGAGCCUCGGACGAUCCACAAGAAGUCAAAAAGGUUUUCCAGAAAUAUGUCGAACAGCCAGUCAUUCUCGCCCUCAAGCACGAAUUGGUCGACUUUGUAAUUCAACUCAUCGAAAAGGGCGAAGAAGUCAAUGCGUUAACUACUAGCGCGUAUCAAUAUCUGGAAGCUCCAUAUCGCUCCUGGGGCCCAUCCCCGAAGUCCUUGCUGGAUCUCGUUCGAGACCGGAUUUCGUCACUUGAAGAAUACUUAUCUCCGGAACCUCGGAAGUUGGAGCAGCCAGCUGCACUAAAGAAAGAUGAUGAAUACCUCAGCAGCUUUGAAGAGGGAUCUUAUUGUCAUUGGACUGCUUUUCACGACCUACAGGACGCAAAGUCGAUUCAUCAGCGUCAAAUGAGGCAGUACAAGGAAGAAGUUGAAACCAAGGAUCGAAGCACAGAGGUUGGGAAGGAGGCGAAAGACGCGGCCAUCAAGGCCACCAUUGCGAAGCUCCGUGACCUUGAACGCAAGCUUGACAAGAAGGGUGCCAAAGCAUUUUCCGAUCUCUAUCCAAAGGAAACCAGUGAAGAGCAGACACAGCAACGUCCCAACUACUAUUUCGGCGCGAACAGCUUCAGCAACGACCCGUACGAAACGAAGAUAUCUUUCAAAGUGCCAGAUCUGACAUCAGAGAAGAAGGCCAAGUACAUCGAGUUGUUCGAGGCUGUCUGGAAGGGCGACUUGGAUACUGUCAAGUCAAUAUGUCUGACUGGCGCAAACCCACUACAGGUAGCGGUCAUGGAUCUACGCGGAUUCAGUCCGUUCUCUAUUGCAACCAUUCGUGGCCACUACGAGCUGGCGCAGUUGAUUGUUGAGAUUGCGAAAAUCCAGUAUCAACCGAGCGACGAGUCAAAAACCUACCGAUACGUCCUGGGUACAGACGAGGAAUAUGACGGAGACAGCGAAUGCAGUGACAACAGCGACGGUACAGAGCACAGUGCUCGUGUGAGAGUUGUCGCUGAACUUGUGGAUGAGACUUUCACGGUGAACGACGUUGCUGCGGUGGCCAACAAUGUCAAGUCGAGAGUCUCGCCGACCGUUAUGACCUCCUGGACCUGCCAGAUCGCGCAUGCACUUGAAAAUGUCAUGAAUAAGCGACAAGUCAGACAUGUCUUUGGAGGAAUCCAUGCACAAAAUGUCUAUAUCAACGACCAGUCGAACCAGUCGUGGGCAUGGUUUAAUGCGGUAUUUGAAAGAACGAGCCAAGUGAAUCGUUGGUCUCUGAUCCGAUUUGCCAUUUUCGUCAACAACAUUGAUCUUUUGAAAUUCAUCAUCAAGGUUGGCAACACUCUCGCAGGCGAGAAAGACGAAGACGACUUGCACGUGAUCACCAUCUCCAAAGCCGAUUUUGACCUGGCAGUUCGCUUGGGUAGGGUUGAGAUAAUAGGUGAAAUGAUCAAGUCUACUGGCUUUGGAUUUCCUCUUCAGAAGGUGUUUCAAAAAUCAGGAAUUCAGCUCGACGAGAAGCCAAAAUACUACCAGGGGCUCUCUGUUUACGGCAAAAAACGUCAAGAUUGGGCUGAAGCUGGUCGUAGAGGUUACAACGUCAAACAGGUCGAGUCAGACGUGGGAGUUCCUCUUCUGGCUGCUACAAUCGAAGGCAACCUGAAGACUACUGAAUACUUCAUGUCAGAUACUCCCCUGCGACACUAUCUAGAGUUCGCCGAGACCUUCAAGGAGGACAAACGCAUCCAAGCUUUGGCCAAGGCGAAAGGAGGCAUUCGCGGCACCCUCGACGCGUGGUUGUCGACGCGGAAUAACCUUGCACUGCAUAUUGGUGUGUUGUCGCCUCCCAAGAAAGACGGAACUCAGCCGUGCUUUGACUUCCUGCUUGAGAAGAUGACGAAUGCACUCGAAGUCCGAUCUAGCGACGGGAAAACACCGCUCCAUCUUGCUUUCGAAAUCGGAAGAUACUAUGCCGCGAAGAAGUUGAUCGCGGUAGGCGCAAAGCAAGUCACCAAGGACAAUCUGGGACGCAACAUUCUUCAUACCGUCCUUGGCACCAUCCCAACUGACAAUCCCGCCUUACUUGACUCAGUCUUGAAAAUUCUGGACCAGAACAUCGUCGCGGCGUUGCUCCAUGAACGCUGUAGUAGUGUUGUGUCUACGGGUAACACGCCUUUGGCGUUGUUCCUCGGCCGCAUCACCGAUGGUGGAUGGGAAGAAAGUCUCAAGCUCAUUCUAGCUCUCUCAGGCGGUAAAGACCUCGAAAAGAUGGAUGGAGCAGGAGACUAUCCAUUGCAUUCCGUCGUGCGACGAGGCCACCAGGAACUAGUCAAAUUCAUCGUGGAGUACAGACCAGGAUUGCUUUACUGGGAGAACGCCACAGGAAUGACUGUAUGUGAUGUGGUGACCACCGCGUAUCUGCAAUAUCAAAUCGACAAUCCGCCAAAAUUGGACAAUACUAGCGAGCGAAGCAUCAAAGAUGUUCUUGCUCACAAAUUUCUGGAGGAUUCUGAGUCCGAUUCGGGCAAGGACGAAAUCCCAGACGCUGCUGGACGCAGCCGCCAAUGGCAGAUGUACCGCCUCAUUGACUCCCUCAUGGUCAAAUACCCAGCGAAGCGCAAAUUGGUGGCACUCCACGAUGCCAAUGAGGUGGCGAAGCGCCUGGCACUGCAACAGCAGAAACAGAACGAGGCAAACCGUCGCCGUGAAAGACUCGGAAUGAACGCCAGAAAUUGGAGGUAUCGAGAACACUCCCAAGACGCCGGCGAUGCUGGCGAAGCAGACAAUGGGCGGGACGAAGUGGCGCAGUAUCUGAAUCAGGCGAAGAACUUUACAAAGUGGGACGAGAUGGUUUGGAGAAAGGUGGAGGCGAAAGAGAUGACAGGUUGGGGCGGUCAGGACAUCGAGAUGGAGUACCGCCGUCGUGGGAGUGAUGCGAGUGUUUUUGACGAGACGCAGGCGUAAACCUUGACUUUGGGCACCCUAACGACUGGGUGAACCUGCUCAACGCUGACUUGGUGUGGUUGAAUCAGAGGGAGCGCCAAAGACAAAGAAACUUCGCCCUAGAUGGAAUAGGGGAGAUUGAUGGCGCAUUGUCGACCGUGGCCGGGCCCGAUCGCGCUGCAUACAUAUAUUGCCUUUA